GGCACCAUUGUAAUUAUCAAUUACUAGUGUCCCGAACACUGGUGAACAUCUUCACCGUGCGGAUUGGAUAAGCGCCGCUUCCUGCAAACCACCGUUCCAUUGAUAUCGAUUUCUAGUCUAAAAUGGCGACUAGCACCUCCAUUCUUCUGAGCUGUGUACCCAUGGCGGUCUGUCGUUGCGGAACCACCCACUAUUGGGCACAAAGGCCAUCAAUUCCCAGUAGCAACCUCGCCUCCAUGCCCGCUCCUCUUCGGGCCCCCUUGAGGAUGUCCUCUCAUUCUUGCCGUUUCCAGAGACUGAGAGUUUUCUGCAGAGCUGCAGGAACAGCAUCCAAAGGUUUAUCUGAUUCAGAAACUUCAUUGGAUGCCGGUCAAGAUAGACUUCAGAAGGUUCCUAUAUCAAACAUAAGAAACUUUUGUAUCAUUGCGCACAUUGAUCAUGGGAAGUCAACCUUAGCGGAUAAGUUAUUGCAAUUGACUGGUACUGUACAUAAGAGGGAGAUGAAGGAACAAUUUCUUGAUAAUAUGGAUCUAGAAAGAGAAAGAGGUAUCACAAUUAAACUGCAGGCAGCUCGGAUGCGAUAUGUAUUGGAUGGGGAGCCGUUCUGCCUCAAUCUGAUUGAUACUCCUGGGCAUGUUGACUUCUCGUAUGAGGUCUCCCGUUCUCUUGCUGCUUGCGAAGGUGCUCUUCUAGUUGUAGAUGCUUCUCAGGGUGUGGAAGCUCAGACGUUGGCAAAUGUUUAUCUGGCUCUGGAAAAUAACCUAGAAAUAAUCCCUGUUCUAAAUAAAAUAGAUUUGCCAGGUGCUGAACCAGAUCGUGUUUGCCAAGAGAUUGAGGAGAUUAUUGGGUUAGAUUGUAGUGAAGCAAUACGCUGUUCUGCUAAGGAAGGAAUAGGUAUAGCAGAGAUUCUGAGUGCCAUUAUUAAAAAGAUUCCUCCCCCAAAGGAUACUGCUAGGAAUCCCUUAAGGGCGCUUAUAUUUGAUAGUUAUUAUGAUCCGUAUCGAGGUGUCAUUGUUUAUUUUCGUGUGAUUGAUGGAACCAUAAAGAAAGGUGACAGAAUCUAUUUCAUGGCCAGUGGGACGGAUCAUAUUGCUGAUGAAAUUGGUGUCUUGUCACCCAAUCAACUGGAAGUUGAUGAAUUAUUUGCUGGUGAGGUUGGUUACCUUUCUGCAUCAAUAAAAUCAGUUGCAGAUGCCAGGGUUGGUGACACAAUCACUCAUUUUGGAAAGCAAGCUGAGAGCGCCUUGCCGGGAUACGAGGAAGCCACUCCAAUGGUGUUCUGUGGUCUAUUUCCUGUUGAUGCUGACCAGUUUCCUGAGUUGCGUGAUGCUCUAGAAAAGCUUCAACUCAAUGAUGCAGCUUUAAAGUUUGAACCUGAGACUUCAAGCGCCAUGGGAUUUGGUUUUCGAUGUGGAUUUUUAGGCCUUCUACAUAUGGAAAUUGUUCAGGAAAGGCUUGAGAGGGAGUAUGAUUUGACUCUGAUAACAACUGCUCCAAGUGUUGUCUAUCGGGUUCAUUGUGCAAAUGGUGAAAUUGUAGAGUGCUCAAAUCCGUCUUCACUUCCAGAACCUGGAAAAAGAAGGUUCAUCGAGGAACCAUUUGUUAAGAUUGAAAUGCUUUCCCCAAAGGAGUACAUUGGCCCUCUUAUGGAGCUUGGUCAGGAGAGAAGAGGCGUAUUUAAAGAAAUGAACUAUAUAACUGAAAAUAGAGCCUCAAUCAUCUAUGAGUUGCCAUUGGCGGAGAUGGUCGGGGAUUUCUUUGAUCAGCUGAAGUCUAGAAGCAAGGGCUACGCGAGCAUGGAAUAUUCUUUUGUUGGUUACAGUGAAAGUGAUCUGGUAAAGCUGGACAUUCAGAUCAAUGGUGAGCCUGUAGAACCGCUAGCAACGAUUGUACACAAGGAUAAGGCAUACGCUGUAGGCAGGGCACUAACUCAGAAAUUGAAGGAGCUUAUACCUCGUCAAAUGUUUAAAGUACCAAUUCAAGCAUGCAUCGGUGCGAAGGUGAUUGCAAGUGAAUCUUUGUCAGCAAUUAGAAAGGACGUCCUGGCAAAAUGCUAUGGUGGUGAUAUUACACGAAAAAAGAAGUUGCUAAGAAAGCAGGCUGAGGGAAAGAAAAGGAUGAAAGCCAUUGGCAGGGUUGAAGUUCCACAAGAAGCUUUCAUGGCUGUCCUGAGAUUGGAAAAGGAGGUAAUUUGAUAAUUGGCAUAUCCAAUUCUGAUCGAAGAACUACAUUGUGGAUCUCUCAACCGGUAUCUUCUCAGCCUAUAUUUGGGACCUAGAAUUGAUUAAAUGGCGCCCAUCUCAUGGUCAGUAUUCCUCAAUGCUUGAUCCUAGAGUAUUGGUACAUCUCUAGUUACCUGUUUUGGACCAGUCCAAACAUGAUUGGUUCUCACAAAUAUGAUUUUACUUAGUCUUUUAUCCACAAAUAUGUAUUAUAUAAACAAAAUUUAUCAAAAAUGACUAAAACUUGUGGGUUUCAA